AUGGCACACGUCCGCAAACGCCAGUUCCAACCCUCGAACCAGUCUUCGAUCAAGUCCUUCUUCAGUCCCGUCGGCGCCGGCUCACCUUCAUCCUCAGCAGACAUCGACGAGUAUGCGCGGCCGCUGAAGCCCACCGUACCCGACCAUGUGCAGUCUCUACUUAUCAACGUCGGCAUGCGCGUUCGCAAGUCGGUGCCCGAAGGAUACAAGACGCACAAGUCGCUGCCAGUGCCAACCAUUUCAUACAUGCACCCCGCCAGCAUCUCAGCAAACUCAGAGAACGAACUGCCAGCGAGCAGCGCCCCAGAACUCUACACCAAGCCAUCUGAACUGACACCGUUCUGUGGUCUUCACAAGAUUGGCGGCUUCAGCUCACAACCUACCUCGUCCGCUCCUGGCUUGUCAUACACGCAGUCCACCAUGGCCUCUUCAGUCGGCAUGCCACAAACACCAAAGACAAACACACGCAAGAGAAGCUACGCCGAUGACAUGGAAGCAGAACUUGAUGCCUUCUUCGAUGACGAGGCGGAGCAGAACGACUCGAUGCUCGACGACGCGGCUUCAGCCAAACCCAAAUACCCUCUGAGCCAUUCAUCAAUGCCCAACCUGAGCGCUGACAGUGGCAUCGUCAGCCCUCAAAGCAGACCCAAGGCCCGCAUGAAGACUCGUUCGCCUCACAAGACACUGAACGACUUUUCUGACGAAGAUGUGGCCUUCCUCCAGCCCAUGGACUGCGAGUAA